AACUCCUAACUCAUGGUAUGAUAUAUGAACAAUCAAAAUGAAGUUGGACAACAUUAUGAUACAGCUGGGAGAAUUUGGAUUAUAUCAGAAAUAUAUGUAUUCGAUGAUUUGUUGGACAUCCCUUUAUACCGGAAUAUAUGCUUUGAUGUCGGUGAUAUUUCUCAACGCGCCUGAUCACAGAUGUAAAAUACCAGGUCUUGAGAAUGAUACGUACGACAUACACAGUGCCUAUCAGCAGAACCUUGUCAACAACUACAUACCUCCCUCAACAGAUGAUGACACUUUCGACUAUGACCAGUGCCACCUGUACUCGUUUGAUUACAACAAUGUCAAGUUCGACAACUCCAGCAGACCAAUUAAUGCUUCACUUGUAAAAUGCCACGAGUGGGUAUACAGUGAUUCUGUAUUUGAAGAAACAUUUACGUCGAAGUUCAACAUUGUGUGCGGGGAUAAACAUCUAACAUCUUUAGUCAAGUCUCUCUUCUUCGCUGGGAAGCUCGUCGGCGCCAUUCUUUUUGGCAAUCUUUCAGAUUUACUAGGACGUAAAAUCACGUUUUGUGCUUCGCUUAUGAUGAUGUUUGGAUUGACGUUCGGAAUGUCUUGGUCUUCCUCCUACAUCGUGUACGCUGUCAUCAUGACGGGCAUUGGUGCCUCUACUCAAGGGGUCUUUCCUGUCGGAUUUGUCCUUGGUGUUGAGUUAGUUGGUCCAUCAAAACGGAAAUACGCUGGCAUGGUAAUCGAAUAUUUCUUUUCCAUUGGAUUGAUGACGCUUGCCGGUGUCAGCUACUUUGCCAGGCAUUGGUACUACAUAAACAUCAUCUGUUCAGCACCAGCAGUUCUAUUCAUUCUUUACUGGUGGCUUAUUUCGGAAUCACCACGCUGGUUGAUAAGUAGACAGCGAUACGAAGAGGCAAACAAAGUUCUUCAGAAGGCAGCUAAGGUCAACAAGGUGGAAAUCGAAAAGAACCUAUUUGAAAAGGAGAUAGAAAAUAAAACGUCACAACCAACUGGAAGGGUGUGGCAGUUGUUCUCUACACGGGUCAUGCUACUGCGCACACUUGUCAUCCUCUUCAACUGGUGCAUAGUAAGCAUGAUCUACUACGGCCUGUCUCUAAAUGCAGGGAACCUCGGAGGAAACUUUUAUCUGAACAUGUUUUUAUCUGGACUGGUAGAAAUUCCAGCUAAUACCAUGGUCCUACUGUUAGUAGAUCGUGUUGGUAGGAAAAAAGUCUACUGUCUCAGUAUGAUAUUAGGAGGGUUAGCAUGUGCCUCGACAACAUUUCCCAUCCUGAAAGGUGAAAUAGAAAACCAGACUAUUAUAAUAGUCCUCGCCAUGUUAGGUAAGUUUGGUGCGACUGCUGCAUUCAAUACGAUCUACUUCUAUUCUGCGGAGCUGUUCCCUACCGUAGUACGGAAUGCUGGGAUGGGUGCGAGUUCGUGCGCGGCUAGAGCUGGAGGAAUCGUUGCACCAUACAUUGCAGAUUCCGCAGCGUUAAUAGGUGGAAUGGUCGGCAAGGUGUUUCCGUUAGGAUUGUUUGGAGUGUUGGCAAUCUUAGCGGGGUUGUCGUCCUUGUAUUUACCGGAAACUCUGAAUAAAGCAUUACCAGAGACUAUUGAAGAUGGGAAACGAUUUGGAAGGUCCGCCGAUAUAUCUCAAAAGAAGAAAGAAAUCAAGGAAAACAUGGCACACAUGGGUCAUAAGCAGUCUUACUAUGAAAACGGUGGUUUUAUUGCAGAAAAAGAAAUGACCAAACUUUGAAAGCUAAUUAUGGAAUUAUAUUAGCAACUUCAAUAAUCAUUUAUUCAAUUAGAACUUGAAGUUUUUGCUCGGGCAUUAUAGCAAAACCAAAAUAGGAAAUUCAUCUUUCACAAUGAAAUAUAUCAAUUUUCCAAAUGUUUUGUAAAAACCAUCUUCCACAAAGAGAUGACAUUUCAUUUUAUUUUCCUGGCUUUGGUAAAAUUAUGUAUAUUGUAGAAGCUAGCAAUAGAAGCAACAGCAGUGAUAAUGUGAAUAACAGCAACAAUAAAAACGACGAAGUCGCUGUCAGCAACAACUGUAGCGAAAGCAUAAGAAGAAGUUGUACCGGUAACAACAGAGGCAGUGUGUGUACUUUGCAACUCUCAUGAUGUAUACAUUUUAUGAUUAUUUUUUUUUUGUAUUUUUUCGUGAAAAGUAUACAAUUGUGGAACAUCCUAGAUAAAAACGCACAUUUAUGCCAUUUCGCACUGAGGAACGACACGAGUUAUAUUACAGAAAGCAAAGCUAUAUGGUUUCGUGAUAUUAAAAUAUAGCAUGAUUGAUAUUUAACUAGUAUAAUCUGAGGUUCAUUUAUAUUAGUGAUUACUCAUGCCUACUCGUUAUGUUAUGUGAUAUGUUUUGUCUUAAAAAGAAUUCAUCCUUUUCUAUGUUAUAUCGUUAUAUGUGUUCCUUUUGU